AUGGAAAGAUACCUGGUGCCAAAGGGACCCGAAGCAAUGGGAUCAAUGAAGAACGACAACCUCCCCGCCGCCAGCGAUUUCCUCCACACGCCCCUCGUCCGGGCGGCGCUUCCUUUUAUCAAUGGCGGCCUCAGCGGGAUGGUUGCCACGACGGUGAUUCAGCCCGUCGACAUGAUCAAGGUGCGCAUCCAGCUUGCGGGCGAGGGUGUGGCUGGUGGACCGAAGCCGACGCCCAUCUCGGUGACUCGCGACAUCCUGGCCAGCGGAAAGGCGCUCGAUUUGUAUACCGGGCUCUCGGCCGGUCUGCUCAGACAGGCCGUGUACACGACCGCCCGCAUUGGGUUUUUCGACACCUUUAUGGGCAGCCUGUCGGCCCGGGCCAAGGCGAACGGAAAGCAGGUUGGCUUUUCGGAGCGUGCCACUGCUGGUUUGUCGGCCGGUGGUCUGGCUGCCAUGCUGGGCAACCCGGCCGAUCUGGCGUUGAUCCGCAUGCAGAGUGAUGGGUUGAAGCCGGUGGCCGAAAGGAAGAAUUACAAGUCUGUGAUUGAUGCUCUCACUUCGAUUGCGAAGAGCGAGGGCGUUGGCGCUCUUUGGGCCGGUGCGGCUCCGACGGUGGUGCGUGCCAUGGCGCUCAACUUUGGGCAGCUGGCUUUCUUCAGCGAGGCCAAGGCGCAGCUGAAGCAGCGGACGCAGUGGUCGGCCAAUGCUCAGACUCUGACGGCCAGCGCAGUGGCUGGGUUCUUUGCUUCGUUUUUCUCGUUGCCGUUUGACUUUGUCAAGACGAGGUUGCAGAAGCAGUCGAGGGGGCCGGAUGGGAAGCUGCCUUACAAGAGCAUGGUGGAUUGCUUUGCCAAGGUGGCGAAGCAGGAGGGGGUGAUGAGGUUUUAUAGAGGGUUUGGGACGUAUUAUGUGAGGAUUGCGCCGCAUGCGAUGGUCACUUUGAUUGUGGCUGAUUACCUUGGGUGGCUGACCAAAUAA